GCAGCCUCCAGACCCGAGCCCGCCUCCAAAAGGCCCCAUCCCACCAAGGCGGCAGACACCAAGCCAGCCCGCCCUACAUCACAGGACCCCAAGCCCCUGCCCACACGUAAAGCCCCUCCCACCACACGGCCCCCUGCUACACGACAGCCCCAGGGUAAGACCCCCCCUGCCUCCCCCAGCAACAAGCCUGUGGGCAGCACCGCCCCCCCAGUCGGUCAAACGAGCCUCUAAACCAACCCAGUCUGUCCUGCCCUUCACUGCUAGACCUGGAGCUCCCAAGUCUGCAGCAGCAGUGGCUGCCACAGCAGCAGCAGUGGCUGCCACAGCAGCAGCUGCCGUGGCAACAGUCGCCAUGACAGCCACAGCAGAGCCAGAAGUGGCAGCUUCAGAAGUCCCAGGACCAGUGUCUGCAUCUUUGCCAGCAGUGGCCCUAGAGUCCAGAGAAGAGGUUUCAGUCCCAACUCCUCAGGAUACUACGUCUCCAUCUCCACCACAGAGCCCACUCAGGCUGGCUCCUGCACCACCACAGGAUUCACUAGUCACUGUUGCCCAGGAGGAGAGGUCUGAACGACCAGAGACUGUCCCAGCAGCCCCGCCACAGCCAGCACCAGACCAGACAUUACACCAGGACAUCCCUGCAGCAGUGGCUAGGGCUACACCCAGCCCUCUGGAUUCCUCAGAGAAAGCCCAGCUCAACAUGGAUGAAGAAGAGGACGAGGAGAGGGAGGGAAGCCAGCGGGUGUCUGUGUCAGAAAUGAGCGGCUCCCAGCCCACGGAAGAGUCCAGGCCGGGCUCAGCCGGCCCUGCGGGUUCAGGGUGGCGUGCAGGCGGCGCCCUGCUAUCGGAGCUGGACUCUGAGGUGAGCUGCAGCCAGCAGGGGGCGUCGGAGCCGAGCGCCCCGGGCGUCCUGGAGGGCACAGAGAGUAUGGAUGACCUAGGAGACGCCAGUCUGAAGGGUGCCAUUGACAUGGAGGGCAUGUCUGCCUCGGCCGGCUCGCCUGACUUCGAGAAGGUGCCCGACAUCCCGACCAAUGAUUUUGAUGACUACGAUGAAGUCGGAGACCGGGUGUGCGACAUGGAGGUGGGUUCGGAACGGGCGGAUGACCCGAGAAGAGCGAGGCGUGACGAGGAUGAGGAUGACGAUGUGGAGAUGGCCAGUGAAGGGGUGACUGAGAGCGGGCUGGAGAGCUACGGGAAUGCAGACGAGGAUGACUUUGAGGAGGAUGAGAGACUGGACAACCUGAACCAUGCCCUGCCUGCCCUGGCCGCCCAGUGGGACCAACCCAACCCCAACUCCUUUUGUGACCCCUGGGCCCAGCCGCACCCCCAGGCUGCCUCAGCCUCCCCCCUGCAGACCCCUACCAGCCCCUCAGACCCCUGGCAGGCUGAUAUGGAGACACCCACCCAGUACGCCACUCAACCCUGGCUGCAGCUGGCUGCCACACCAUUUGUUCCAGCCCUGCAUGAGCCCUCACACCAGCCUGCCCCUGCAUCUCCACUUGAGAAAGAGACCCUAGCCCCAUUGCACUCCCUGUCCCCCAUAGCUGCCUCCGGCCGCGGCAUGUCACACUCCAGCACCCUAAGCGCUACGGAGCUGGCUGUCCACAGCAACAGCGAGACCAGCACCAGCACCCCAGAGGAGGUCUGUGACUACAACAGCAGCUCCGGGGUGGAGUCCCGCUCUGAGGGGGGGAAGCUCCACACCCUGCCUGCCGCCCUGGCCCCCGUGCGCUCCCUCCAGCCUGAAUUGGAGGACCAGGACCUGGGCAUCGACCUGGAGAGCGAGGACGGGGAGGUGGCAGAGACCCUGCCAGCCAACGAGGUCCCAGGGGACCCCGCCACAGCACCCACUUCCAACCCCUCGUCCUCCUCCACCACGGAGGAUGAGGCCAGCGACACGGAGGGCGAGGCCCAGCUGGAUGAGCUGGGCCAGGGCAUCCACAACGCCACCUUCGACCACAAGCCCGGCGCCCAGCGCUGCCUGUCUGCCCUGGAGGAAGGGGAGGAGACCAGUGGAGGCGCAGAAGAGGGCGGCAACACCCCCCAGUCUGCCAGCUCGGCGGCAUCCUACGCCUAUGACAUGACGGCGUCCAACUCCAGUAACCACUCCACUGCUGAGAGCUGCGCCAAGAGCCCUGGCAUCUUCUCCCUGGAGGAGCUGCCUGAGGAGGCCAAGGACCAGUCGCUCAUCCAGGAGCUGACCCUGCCGCCGCCCCAGCAACAGGCUGCCUCGGCAGACUCCCUUCUAGUCUCCAACCCAGAGGAGCAGCAGUACAUGUUGUGUGGGACGCUUGAGACAGAGCUAGGGGACACGGGGGAUCUGAAACCCCUGGACCCCGCGCUGUUCGUGGCCCCCCAGCAGCCCGGGGAGGGCCCCCGUGUCACCCAACCGCCCUACUACUCCACUGUCUGUGAAAACACUGAGAACUCUCUCACAGGGCUCAGCGUGUUCCCCCAGGCACACUGCCGCCGCGACCACCACUGUGACCUCUUGACCCCACCCAGGCUGACCUGUGCUGACCUGCCCCCCCGGAGCCCUCGCCUGCAGGCCAGCCCCCAGCUCCGCAGACUGGAACGGCACCAGCAACAACUACUAGAACUGCAGCAACGCAGAGAACAGCAGGGAAAACCCAAAGAAGAAGAGGCGAUGAAGAAAGAAGAAGAAGAAGAGGCGGCGCAGGAGGAGGAGGAGGAGGAGGUGGAGCAGAGACAGCAGAUCAUGCGAUGGCAGCAGGAGCUGGAGGAGCAGGCACAGCAGACGUCACCGCAACAACAGCCCCAGAAAGGUCAGGCAACAGUGCUGCUUUCGCCUUCCUCUGGUCUCCAUACCAUUUAUGAAGCCCUGGAGAGUGAUGAAGAGGGGAAGCAAAUUGAGGUUAAUGUCCAGCUCGAACAAUGCGAAGAAGAAGCCCCGCUGGAGACCGAGGUUGACAGUAACAGUGACCGUCGAGAGGUGUUGGAUGAGGACGGAGCUGAUAGCAACUCCACCUCCACUCUCAGUCCCUCUCCAGACUCCCCCGAGCAGGAAGAGUCCCGGGACGCCUCCCCAGAAUGCCCUCCUCCCCUGGACCUGGACUGGGGGAAGAAAGUUGACAUUGUCCAGCAGCUGAUCAACCAGACCCUGUUGCUGACGGGCGAUGGCUGCUCCUCCCUGCUCCUGCUGCCCGGAGGCACCUUGAGCCCCCUGGAGGCCAGCCUCUGGCCCAAACUGCUGCCCCCCCUUACCCCUCCCUCAGCCACGGUCACGUCGGUCAGCAGCUUCUCCCCGGAGGCCCCUGGCCAGUCCCCCCAGGGUGAGUGGACAGUGGUGGAGCUGGAGACACACCACUGAGGGAUGUAGAGACAUGUGUCUCACCAUUAAUGGUUGCACACACUGUUGUAACCACCUCUUACCUUUCCUUGCCAUUCAUCACUGCAAAUACAACACUACUGUUUGAUACACUGAACUAACACCAGCGUAUUUUCAAACAUGAUACCUUUCGAUUGGGGGGCAAAGGACAAUCACAGACUGACUCGCACUGUAAUUUUACACCUCUCUCUCAUGCUAAAACUAUGUUAGGUUGCAUACCAGCAGUCACAGAGGGCUACUACCUUGAUUAGACCUGGUUGACUGAAGCUUCUGGGCCAGCUAUUUGGGUAGAAUAGUGACUACUUGUUAGCCAUUGUCAAUUUUACUGAAGCUAAAACUACUGGAUUUUAACAUUUAUUUAACCUUUUAUUUAACUAGGCAAGUCAGUUAAGAACUCAUUCUUAUUUAGGAACAGGGGGGGUUAACUGCCUUCUUCAGGGGCAGAACGACAGCUCAGGGAUUCGAUCUUGCAACCUUUCGGUUACUAGUCCAAUGCUCUAACCACUAGGCUACCUGCUGCCCCAGGUAGCC